ACCUGUAAAAAAACAUACCAUAUAACAAAUUCUAAAAAAUCUCCACACCCAAACUACCAAGUGUGUAAUGAACUACAAUUACAAUUGAUCAAACAAUCCAGAUCAGAAUUUGUCAAAGGAAAAAAGGAAGAAGGUCUACAUUUGCAUACUGACUGGCUGCUUUUCUUAAUGAUACAAGGUUCUCUGAGCUAGCUUGCUUCCUUACAGAAAAGAUAUGGAUGCUUUCUUUUUCCAGAGGGCAAAAAGUAGCUUGCAUCGCACUCCAAACUGCAAUUUUGUGAGUUUCACAGAGUAACAUAACUGAAGAUUAUCUGUGUUUCCUCAUGUUAUGCUUACCAGGAAUUUCUGUCAUUGUACUUGGGGAUUGUUUUGCUGUUCCUGCUCCAAUAUUGCAUUUUGCAUAAUUUACUGCACAUAGACCAGAAAUGGGCUGUAAACAGCUCUCCCAGGAUGGUAUCCUACUGUUCUAACAGGCUAUUAGCCUGACAACAGUGGUAGCCUUGUGUCCAUUUCUUUUGUUUAUACAUAUCCUGCCUUUAUUAUUUUUAUACACAACUCAAAAGCAGCAAAUAUAUCUAAUAGACCUUCUACCUCCUAUUUUCUCCACAACAACAGCUCUGUGAGGUAGAUUGGCUGAGAGAGAAUGACCAGCCCAAAGUCACCCAGUCAACUUUCAUGCCUAAGGUGGGACUAGAACUCGCUGUCUCCUUAUUUCUAACCUGGUGCCUUGACUGCUAGCCCAAUCUGGCUGUCACUCUUGUUUCUAGUGAUGGAAAUAGAGUCCUGGAAAAGAUAAAAGUUUGCAAGCUCAACUCACUUUUCAAGGAUCAGGCAAUCAAAAAUGAUUGUUUUAGUACUUACAUAGGCAUGUGGAGUCACGUGGCAGAACAUUGAUCAUGAAGAUGAUGCAAGGUCUGUGUUUUGUAUGGAUAUCAGGAUGUAAUUAUAUAUGGUAAGUUUGAGUUAUAAUGUCAUCCAUGCAUGUUAUUUUUAAUAUCACUAUGGCUAGCUGUGGACAUCUAUGAGUUCUGUCAGAAGUUAAUUCUCUUAUCAACAAUUUCUUUCAGCUUUAAAAUUGCUUUCAGGAAUUGUGAAUAAUUCUACUCACAGUUAUUUUUAGUUUUAACUACACACACAAGCUGAAACAAGACACUUUUAUGAUCUAAAGGCUUUUUCUCAGGGUUUCAACUCUGCAACAUCCUAUGUCAUCCUUGCUAGAUAAAAUCCGUAAUUUCAGAAACUGAUACUAUCUUAAAGUAGAUUAUGUCAGAGUGCAAUAGAAACAUAAAAAAACAAAAUUAUUCUCUCUCAUUCCAAAAUUAUUCACUGAUGGUUUUCAAAAUCUGCAAAAUUUAAAUACAAAGGAUCAAUUGCUGGACCAGCACAUAUAAGAUUAAAGCAUUGGAAAAACUCAGAGAAUCCAAUAAUUCUGCUAAAUGUUCCAAAGCAACCUGGAAUGUUCAUACUAGCUAAAUUAAUCCACUGCUUAAAAAUUAUAGCAGCCACAAUAACUUGCACUUAGUUAAAUAUCACAAGCGACACUUUGCGAUAUGGGGAUGAAGUGCACAUUUAUAAUAUUGAUCUAAGGCAGAAUAAUUCUAUAAAUGUUCUGGAACACUGACUGACUGCUGUUCUUGGCCAAUGUAGUGAUAUACUGAAACAUCAGUAACUAUUUGAGAACAACUCAGGCACAUUACCUACAGCACUUAAAGCCAUCAAAAAAACAUUUUACUAGUUCUGCCCACGUCAUUCAACCAACAGCCCAGAUACAUAUAAAUUGAUGCCGGAUCUCAGCAUGAACCUCUAGUGGCUCUUUACUUCUUCCCUGCUCAAAUUGCUACAAGGUGUUUUAUCUAGAAAAUGAAGGUGGUACUAGUAGGGCUGCUUUUCCUCUGCGUCAUGGCCAUACAUUCUGAAGCAACAACUAUUAAACUCUGUGGGAGAGAAUUUGUAAGAGCGGUUGUCUUUGCUUGUGGAGGAUCACGGUGGAGAAGACAACUUGGUGACCAUUUUUCAGAAGGGCUCAUAGGUAAGCAUAUGAACUACCCAUACAUAUUUAUAAUUUAAUCUCAUUCUACAGAUGCCAAUGGAAAGUACAUGGAGAAGUCAAAAUCCCAAAGCAACGAAUUAAUCCAGUACUACAUGGAGUCUGAGAAAGAUUUGCAAGACAUGCAACAGAAGUCUGUUCACAAAAGAAGCAAGGAUGUUGUGCAGCUUACAAUCACUUGUUGUACUAUUGGAUGCAGUGCAAACACUAUAAAUUCACUGUGCUAAAAAUAUUAAAAUCCUGCCAUGGAAGCUUAUCUAAAUAAGAUGCAUCAUAUCUAGAAUAUAGCGUUUUCAAAUCUUUCCUGUUACACUUUGUAUUUCCCAGCUCUGCAGAUGCUCCAAGUUGCUAUUCUGUUUAGGAUGUUACACCAAUUAGAAACAUUUUUUCCAUACUUGUGUAGUAUGGAAGUUAGCUGCUUUGUUUUCUAAUUUUUGAAAUAAAUGUGCAAUUCAGUAAACUAGUUUCUCUAAACUGUUCUUGUCAAUGC